AUGGCACUGCUAUUCGAUCCACAUUUUACGCUUCUACGAGAGGAUCAAAGCGUUAAAGUGUUCAAUGUGUUAUUAGUGAUCUCUCAGUGUCUAGGAGGCUUGGCUAUACUGAUGGUGGCAAUAUGGAUGGGUGGUUAUGAAGACGGUUUUUCAUGGACUGAAGAUCCAGAGCGCGAAUUCCAUUAUCAUCCAACGUUUAUGGUUAUGGGCAUGGUAAAUGACAUCGGCUAUUGA